AAACAUAAAUUCUGACCGUCCUGAAGAAGAAGAAUCUAUGGCCCAGAGGGAAGACGUACAGUCCCCACCGGCUGGUCCUGGUACGGUGCCCCCAACGCCCACACCUCGAAGAAACCGCGUUAAAGCAAGUGGCGCCGUCGUCGGCCUCUCCUGCUCCGUAUUCAUUUUUGUGGCCACCUGUGCCGUGGUCUUGCUCUCCGUCCAGCUGGCCGCCAUGCGGCGCAAUGACACCGCCCAUCGGGAGACGCCGUUCUGCUGCCCCAGAGAGGCGGCCAAACUGUUCGCCGUCAUCGACAACAAGGCGGCGCCCUGCGAGGACUUCUUCGCGUACGUCUGCAGGAACGCCAUCGAUCAAGGCAUCGCACGGGAGCAGGCCGCCCACGACAUUCUGGGAAUGUGUGAAGAAGUCGGAGGAGCUACUCGAAUACCGCACCAAGGCCGACCUAUUUGCGAUGACCAUGGGCCUCCGCAUAGCUGCACUUGUCGGGACCGCAAGCUCUACCGCCGGGGAUAUCGCGAGGACUCACUGGUUCCGAAUGAAGAACGCCUGGAGCCUGUACCGUAUGUCGGAAGCGCAGUUCUUCUAUGCCCGCUAUGCCUACUUUCGGUGCAGUAGAGACAACCCCCAGGGUUCGGUGAAUGGGCCUACCAUGCACAAUGCCGACUUUGCCACUGCGUUCCAAUGCCAUCCAAGGAGCAAAGGCGGGAACGAGAGUGACUGCGCCGACGUCGCCGUCACACGCGGCGCUACUGGAUGACGAUCUCGGCAACUCUGCUGCUAGCUAUCUGGUGAAC